AUGCGUACUGGUCCAGACAACGUUUCUUCAGCGUAUCAGCAGCACACUUCAUCACAUUCUAACUCUAAUUCGGAAUUCGAGAUGCAAUCUAUACAUUCUAACGCUGAAAAAUUGCGUUCCACUACAUACGCCUAUGAUGAUAAGAAAGAUAUGACUGUUACCUAUGACAACGAAAUUCUCGAGAAGAAGGACUCCAAGUCGGAUAUCUUCACUUCUGUGAAUAGGUAUGCUUCGCAUCCUUCCGAGGCUCGUAUCUCUUCUGACGAGUACGACCACCAGGAGGCCGAGUUCAAGGAUACUAAAGUUAAACGUGCAUUGAAACCUCGUCAUAUUGGGAUGAUUGCACUUGGUGGUACUAUUGGUACUGGUUUAUUUAUUGGUAUUUCAGAUCCUCUGCAAAAAUCAGGUCCUGUCGGGUCUUUAAUUGCUUAUAUUUUCAUGGGUACCGUGGUAUAUUUUGUGACCCAAGCUUUGGGUGAGAUGGCCACGUUUAUCCCUGUGACGUCGUCCAUCACUGUUUUCUCUUCUAGAUUUCUUUCUCCUGCAUUUGGUGUAUCGAACGGUUAUUUGUAUUGGUUCAAUUGGGCCAUUACUUAUGCUGUUGAAAUUUCCGUAGUGGGUCAAGUCAUUGAAUUCUGGACUACGAAAGUGCCACUAGCGGCAUGGAUCUCUAUAUUUUGGGUUCUUGUCACUGCAUUGAAUUUUUUCCCUGUUUCAGUUUACGGUGAAAUUGAAUUUUGGGUUGCUUCAGUUAAAGUGCUUGCCAUUGUAGGUUAUUUGAUUUAUGCAUUAGUUAUUGUUUGUGGUGGUUCUAAACAAGGUCCAAUUGGGUUCCGUUAUUGGAGACAUGGUUAUGCUAUGGGUGGUGGUAUGAUUUCCAAGGAUAAAAAUGAAGCCAGAUUUUUAGGUUGGGUGGCUUCGUUGAUUAAUGCUGCUUUCACAUAUCAAGGUACCGAAUUGGUUGGUAUUACAGCUGGGGAAGCCGCCAACCCAAGAAAAUCCGUUCCACGUGCUAUUAACAAAGUAGUUUUCCGUAUUGUCAUCUUUUAUAUUUUAUCAUUGUUCUUUAUCGGUCUAUUGGUUCCAUAUAAUGAUCCAAAACUUAAUAGUGCCACUUCAUACAUUGCUUCUUCUCCAUUUGUCAUUUCCAUUGAAAAUGCCGGUACCAGAGCCUUACCCCACAUCUUUAACGCUAUUAUCAUGAUCACCAUUAUUUCUGCUGCCAAUUCAAACGUCUAUGUCAGUUCUCGUGUCCUUUACUCCCUUGCCCUAUCGGGUCAUGCUCCAAAAAUCUUUGCCAGAGUCACCCCACAAGGUGUACCUUUCCUUGGUGUGAUAGUCACUGCCCUAAUGGGUCUAUUAGCCUUUUUGGUAGUAAACAAUAACGCCAAUGAAGCUUUCAAUUGGUUAAUCAAUAUCUCCACUUUGGCUGGUCUUUGUGCUUGGUUAUUCAUCUCCAUGUCUCAUUUACGUUUCAUGGAAGCAUUGAAAUAUCGUGGUAUCUCGAGAGAUGAUUUACCUUUCAAAGCUAGAUUCAUGCCUUACGGUUCCUACUACGCUUGUUUCUUCAUCACAGUCAUCAUUUUCAUUCAAGGCUUUACUGCAUUUUCUCCAAAAUUCGACGUUGCUUCAUUCUUUACUGCUUACAUCUCAUUAAUCUUAUUAGCUGUACUUUUCAUUGGUUGCCAAUUAUAUUAUAGAUGUAGAUUCUUCUGGAAAGUAGAAGAUAUAGAUAUAGAUACCGAUAGAAGAGAAAUAGAUGAAAUCGUUUGGGAAGACGAUGAACCAAAGACUGCUUGGGAUAAAUUCUGGGCUGCAGUCGCUUAA